AUACACUGGUGUCGGCAGCAUGAAGCUGAGUUUCAGUGGCCUGAGGGCCCUGGUCACAGGGGCAGGGAAAGGGAUUGGGCGUGACACUGUUAAAGCCCUGCAUGCCUCAGGAGCCAAAGUGGUGGCCGUGACACGUACCAACGCAGACCUGGUCAGCCUCGCCAAAGAGUGUCCAGGGAUAGAGCCUGUGUGCGUGGACCUGGGUGACUGGGAGGCCACAGAGAAGGCACUGGGCGGUAUCGGCCCCGUGGACCUGCUGGUGAACAAUGCAGCAAUAGUUAUAGCACAGCCUUUCCUGGAGGCCACCAAGGAGGCCUUCGACAGGUCCUUCCAUGUGAAUGUUCGCUCUGUGUUGCAAGUAUCCCAGAUGGUAGCCAAGGGCAUGAUUGACCGUGGAGUGGCAGGAUCCAUUGUCAAUGUCUCCAGCAUAGUGGCCUAUGUCACCUUCCCUGGCCUGGCCAACUACUGCUCCACCAAGGGCGCAAUGACUAUGCUGACCAAAGCCAUGGCCAUGGAACUGGGGCCACACAAGAUCCGGGUAAACUCUGUAAACCCUACUGUGGUGCUGACUGAUAUGGGCAAGAAAGUCACUGAAGACGCUGCUGAGUUUGCCAAGAAGCUCAAGGAGCGCCACCCACUGAGGAAGUUCGCAGAGGUGGAGGACGUUGUCAACAGUAUCCUCUUCCUGCUCAGCGACAGCAGUGCCUCUACCAGUGGCUCUGGCAUCCUGGUGGACGCUGGUUACCUGGCCUCCUAGACUGCCCGGACGUGGUGGACCUCAGAGUGGCUUCCCUGGCUCCACCCUCGAGACGAAGCUUCUACCAAUCUCACAACCUGGUCCCUACGCCACAGCCCUACCCUCAACACAGCUCCCAGCUCCCAAUGUUAUUGUCUGAUCCCACAACCGCUCCAUGCUCUGGACCUUGGGGUCUUUGUUCUCCUUAUCUGCUUUGCUGGUCUCAUUUUCCUAAAUAAAUGGGCCACAGUGUUCCCGAACCAUUGCGCAAGACUCCUUGGGGGUGGCACACUGCAAGGCUGGAUGCUGGCCCAGGUCCUGCUGCAGGCAUUUCACCUCAAAGCAUGGUAUCUUCCAGAACCUACUGUGCCUUGUGACCAAUGUGACCAAAGGAUGGUUCUUCUGAAGAAAAAAGGGCUCUGUGUUGUCAUGUGCCUUCUCAUAGGUUCCUCACCUUCCCACUACUGAGUCUGGUGCCUCUUGUGUUCUGACCCCAACUCAGCAAUCAGGGGAAGGGAGGGGAAGCAAGAAAGGGGAGAUGUCCUGGACCAGGUCACUCCUAAACCUGUGUACUCUGUGCAGAAGGAGAGGAGCCAUUGGGCAGGAACUAGAAUCUCUCAGUCUUCUCUGGAAUCCACUUCCCGGGCCUGCUCCAUACUUAAGAGCUGACAAGGCUGCCCGAACAGAAGCUCUCACAGUCAGCCGGCUGGUCUAUCACCCUAGCCAGAACUAGCACAGGAGCCCUGCAACUCAGGGCUCCUCAGGGUGUCUCAAGGGCCCUGGCAGGUCCUCUCAUGUUUGUUGGCAUUGGCUCUUGGCAUCUGGUAGACUGUUGGGUUUGAAGGGGCCAACCUUUAGAACUGAUACAGGGUCCCACUCAGGCAAGCGGCAGGGUAGAGGAGAAUGGCUCAGGUAAG